CCACCACAUUGAACACUUCUGCUGGAGGUGGCCCCAGUUUUCUCGCCGGCGCCGCGCCCAGGGCGGGGGCAAAGAAGGAGAAGGCUUUGCGAGCGUACGGACGGGACAUGACGGCCGCGGUCGGCAACACCGAUCCAGUGAUCGGACGCGAUGACGAGAUCGAUCGCGUUGUCUGCAUCCUCUGCCGCCGUACCAAGAACAGCGCUGUGCUAGUCGGCGCGCCGGGGGUUGGCAAGACGGCCAUUGCAGAGGGCCUCGCCCAGCGCAUCGCCGCUGGGACGGUCCCUGCCGCGCUUGCUGGAGCGCGCCUUGUGGAGGUCGACCUUGGUGCGAUGGUGGCCGGGACCCAGUACCGCGGCAUGUUUGAGGAACGACUGAAGAAUGUGAUCAAGGAGGCGGAGGAUGCAAACAGUAAGGUUAUUCUGUUCAUCGAUGAGGUGCACAUGCUCGUUGGCGCCGGGAAGUGCGGUGGCGGCAGCAUGGACGGCGCCAACCUGCUGAAGCCGGCAUUGGCCCGUGGCCGUAUCCGUUGUGUGGGCGCAACGACUUUUGAUGAGUACCGCAAGUACAUCGAAAAAGAUGCCGCAUUGGAGCGGCGGUUCCAGAUGGUGCACGUGGAGGAGCCGAGCACACAGGCAACAAUUGCCAUUCUGCAGGGUCUAAAACGGAGGUAUGAAGAGCACCAUGGUUUGAGAAUUCAGGAUGCUGCUCUUGUUGCUGCUGCACAGCUUGCUGGGCGCUACAUAACUGGUCGUCAGUUUCCUGAUAAGGCAAUUGAUCUGAUUGAUGAGGCAUGCUCUACUACAAGGAUGCAAAUUGACAGCAAAAGACAUGUGACCGCAGCACAAAGUAGCUCUGCUGUAGUAGUGAAGGAAGGAAUUCUUGAACCAGAACAUGUUGCACAAGUUGUGAGUCGAUGGACAGGAAUUCCUGUCACUACGCUUGAUCAAGAGGAGAAAGAUAAGUUAAUCCACCUUCCUGACAGAUUGCAUGAGCGAGUCGUUGGCCAGGAUGAAGCGGUCAAUUUGGUCGCGCAAGCGGUCUUACGCUCCAGGGCUGGUCUUGAUCAACCUGGCCAACCGAUAGGAUCUUUCCUGUUUCUGGGACCGACCGGCGUUGGAAAGACUGAGCUUGCGAAAGCUCUUGCUGAGCAGCUAUUUAACAGUGAGAAAAUGUUGGUUCGCUUUGACAUGUCUGAGUAUGUUACCAGUGGAUCUGUGCUGCGCCUCAUUGGAGCACCUCCAAGCUAUCAUGGUCAUCAAGAUGGGGGACAACUAACUGAGAAAAUUAGGAGGCGUCCAUAUAGCGUCAUUCUUUUUGAUGAGGUAGAGAAGGCAGAUCCCUCGGUGUUCAAUGUAUUUCUUCAGCUUCUUGAUGAUGGUAUGUUGACCGAUGGUAAAGGCCGGACUGUGGAUUUCAAGAAUACCAUCAUCAUUAUGACCUCAAAUCUGGGAGCAGAGCACCUGACAGCAGGAAUGAAUGGACAGACAACAAUGGAAGCUGCACGUGGUCUUGUUAUGGAACAGGUUCGGAAACACUUCAAGCCUGAGCUCCUCAACAGAUUGAGUGAGAUGGUGAUAUUUGAACCUCUUUCGCAUGACAAACUAAAGGAGGUUGUCAAAAUCCAGAUGAAGAGUACCGUUGCCAAUUUAGCUGACAAGGGCAUCUCUCUAACUGCAAGUAAUGCCGCGAUGGAUGUUAUCUUGUCAGAAUCGUACAACCCUAUGUAUGGCGCAAGGCCCAUAAGGAGGUGGGUGCACAAGAAUGUGAUGACGAAGCUCUCCGAGUUACUGGUCAAAGGAGAUGCCGGCGAGGGGUCCAUUGUUUCCAUUGAUGCUACGGCUGACAGGAAGGGGCUGAAGUAUGAAGUGGUGAAGAAGAAGGUAGCAGAUCUGCGGGGCAAGAAGCCAAUGGUGGACCUUCCCAGCGAUUCUGACGACAGCAGCGAUGAUGUGGUCGAGGUUGGUCCCGUAGCAAAGAAGGCGAAGGUGGUAAGCUUCAGCAUCCAGCAGAUGGCAAGUGAAUGAGCUAGUCUGGUCAGCUUUGCUUUGGCAAGCAAAGCUGCUUUGUGGGUGUUGGGUAAAACCAGCAGCAAAAUGAAGUAUGUAGGCAGUUGGUUACUUGGUUUAGGUUAUUACCACGUUAUUGCUAGUGCACUUUCUUCCCGGGCGAUAGCUUGAAACUGGUGCAUCGUUUAUGUAGCUUUAAUCUAAGUUGCUUUAAUAUGAGACGGUUACCUUCUGUGUAAGUUGGUCAGUGCUUACU